AUGGCCGACAAUGAUAUGUCGGUGAUUUUGGCCUCUUCAGGCUACGACCAGACGGUCAAGUUCUGGGAGGCUCUGAGCGGAGUGUGCUCAAGAACUAUACAGCACCAAGAUGGCCAAGUUAACCGGAUGGUCAUCACGCCCGACAAAAAGUACCUGGCGUGCGCAGGCGCACGAACAGUACGACUCUACGACAUCAAAAGCAAUAAUCCUAAUCCUACGGUUACGUUUGAGGGACACACAAACAAUGUUACCGCACUUGCUGUGCAGGCAGAGAGCAAAUGGAUGGUCACGGCGAGCGAGGACGGCACUGUCAAGGUCUGGGAUAUGAGAGCGGCCACUGUUCAGCGCAACUAUCGACACAAAACGCCGGUAAACGACGUGGUGAUUCACCCAAACCAGGGAGAGGUUAUUUCGUGCGACCAGGAGGGCAAUGUGCGCAUCUGGGACCUGGGAGAGAACAUCUGUACCCACCACCUUAUCCCUGAAGAAGACGUUCCGGUCCGCAGCGUGAGUGUGGCAUCCAAUGGCACAAUGCUAGUUGCAGGCAACAAUAACGGCAAUUGCUAUGUCUGGAAAAUGCUCAAUUCCCGAGAUAUUACAUCUCUGCAUCCAAUCACGAGGUUCAGGUCGCACUCAAAGUAUAUCACCAAGGUGUUGUUGAGUCCGGAUGUGAAGCACCUGGCAACCUGUUCAGCAGACCACACGUCAAGGAUAUGGUCCACUGAGAACGAUUUCAAAAUGGAAACCGUGCUUCGCGGUCAUCAACGGUGGGUUUGGGACUGCGCUUUCACGGCGGAUAGUGCAUACCUUGUGACUGCAUGCAGUGAUCACUAUGUACGACUAUGGGAGCUUUCAAGCGGUCAGAUUGCUAGGCAAUACCGCGGCCACCACAAGGGUGUUAUUUCAGUAGCUCUUAAUGACAUUUAA